AUGUAUCAAAAUCUCAAGCAACAAGAACAGCAUCACAAAAAACCACGUAGACCACCAUCGUUAACUUCAUUGAGAUUAUCUUAUUCAGAACAACAGAUAGAAGAACAGAAUUACCACGAAGAGAAACAUCACCACAACCUUUACGAACACCAUCAACGCAACCAUCACCACCAGCACCGUCAUCAUCGCAGUCAACAUCAUCAUCAUCAUCAUCAUCAGAAACACAAGGCGAGACAUUAUUUUCCUCGUUGCGGAUUAAUUUUCUUAAUUUUUCUUUCUGUGAUUAAAGAGUCCUUGACAACAACGUAUUCAACGUCGUAUUCGUCGUCGUUAGAUGUUACAACAACAGUGUCAUCAACAAAUUUGUUGCCAUAUUUUGACUUUGAUGUCCCGCGAAAUAUCACAGUAACAGUGGGUCAGACGGGUUUCCUGCAUUGUCGUGUGGAGAGAUUAGGAGAUAAAGAUGUUUCAUGGAUUAGAAAACGAGAUUUACAUAUCCUGACGGCGGGCUCCACAACCUACACCUCAGAUCAACGAUUUCAGGUUUUACGUCCCGAAAAUUCUGGAAAUUGGACUUUGCAAAUAAAAUAUCCACAACCUAGAGAUUCUGGCAUUUAUGAGUGUCAGAUUAAUACCGAACCAAAAAUGUCACUGUCGUACACAUUCAAUGUAGUAGAACUUAAAGCCACAAUAAUUGGUCCUACAGAUUUGUACGUCAAAAGUGGCAGUGAUAUAAAUUUAACAUGUAAAAUAAUGCAGGGCCCCCAUGAGCUGGGCAAUAUAUUUUGGUAUAAAGGAUCUGAAAUAAUUGACAUGACUACAAAUCAAAAUGAAAUUGAUAGUGGAACAAGGAUAACUGUUGAAAAUGAUUGGUCGGAUGGUCUCACCUCUAGAUUGAAAAUUAGAAGAGCCUCAUCCAGUGAUACUGGGAAUUAUACAUGCGUACCCACGAUAGCAAAGUCAUCAAGUGUUUAUGUCCACGUAAUUAUUGGCGAACAUCCAGCUGCAAUGCAACAUAAUUCAAGCAACAUUCAUUGUGGCAAUUUUUAUAUAACUCUGUGUUGCAUGUUAUUCACAAUUUUAACAUGUUGUUUACAACACUUAAUGUGCACGAAGACCAGCAGCAGCAAAACAGCUAAAACCACAACAAUAUUGGCAACGAAAAAGCUAUCAACAAGUACGCCAUCAUUAUCAAUGGCAAAUGCAAAUGCAACAUCAGCAUUUGCAUCAGUCUCAGCGUCAACGUCAGCAACAAAAACAACAAUGCAGAAUACUGAACAAAUACCUGCUGUUACUAAAAUUACACAAUCUAGACAACACAUUCUAUCUUCGUUAUCAUCCAUAAAAACUACAACAGUUCCAUCGUCAGCAGUAUUUUAUAGCAACACAACAACAUCAGCAUCAGUUGCUGUAGCAGCAAAAACGCCGCUUUUGGUUCGCAAUGGCAGCAUCUCUAGAUGA